AUGAAAGUACUGCAGCUUGCGUUCCUGGUUUCGGCUGCGCUUAUUGGUGCGCAGGCUACGCCUCUGCAUCGCCAUGAGCAGGUAAAUGGUCUUGUGCAGCGUGCAGCUGGCACUUCGACCACCCCUAAGGGCACUUCGACCACUCCGAAGGGCACUUCGACCACUCCGAAGGGCACUUCGACCACUCCGAAGGGCACCUCUACCACCCCUAAGGGCACCUCUACCACCCCUAAGGGCACCUCGACCACCCCUAAGGGCACCUCGACUACCCCCGCUGGUACCUCGACUACCCCCGCUGGUACCUCGACCACCCCUAAGAGCACUUCGACCACCCCAGCUGGUACCUCGACCACUCCUAAGGGCACUUCGACCGCCCCGAAGGGCACCUCGACCACCCCAGCUGGAACCUCGACCACCGCGAAGGGCACCUCGACUACCCCCGCUGGAACCUCGACCACCCCUAAGGGCACUUCGACCACCCCGAAGGGCACUUCGACCACCCCGAAGGUCACCUCGACUACCCCUAAGAGCACUUCGACCACCCCGAAGGGCACUUCGACCACCCCAGCUGGUACCUCGACCACCCCGAAGGGCACUUCGACCACCCCGAAGGUCACCUCGACUACCCCUAAGAGCACUUCGACCACCACUAAGGGCACUUCGACUACCCCAGCUGGUACCUCGACCUCGUCGUCAAGCACUUCGUCCUCUUCGUCUAGCUCAUCGUCUCCUACUGACACCUCUACCACUGUCGUGACUACGGUGACACAGGGCACUCAGGUAACCGUCACAGCUAGCGCUGAUGGAAAUGGUAUGUCGUGUGGUAACGACGAUAUCUUUGGCUUUGGUAUUUGUAUCCAGGGUUCGGGUAACGGCAAUUAA